AUGUUUCUAGACCGCCAUGAUCGCCGCCGACCUUUCGCGGCUUGGAUGCGCCGCCUCGCCAAUCUCAAGGCCCACGUCGACUCGAAUGAUACCGGCGAAGGCACUCGUCGAUCCAACCUCAACAUGACCAUCAAGUCCAAGAAGGGGAAUAUUGCAAAGAACAACCCAUAUCCUCUCUCGUCGCGUCCCGAUCCUCCAAAUAAUGGGCCCGUCUCCCACUCGACCCCGAUCUCAUCUCAGCGAUCGCGACACAGUUCGCUUUCUCAAAGCAAACACUCGGUCUCUAUAUCUCACGACAGCCAGAUCCAUCCCAAGUCGAGGGCACCCACACUCGCUACAAAUGCAGAAACCAUCGUGUCCGGCGCAGGCACCAGUGCCACCGCUGCGAGAACAGAGGGUGGAAGAGACAGCACCUUCUCUUCGCCAGCUCCCUCUGUGCGCUCCUUCGCCACCACUUUGACCACGGUCCAAUCUAUCGCUCCGCCUCAUCAAAAUCUCGGCGCAGCCAACCCUACACACACCUCGACUGCCAGCAAUCCUGCCUCAUUCCAUGGCCCACCCGCUACCGCUGUGCCCGCCCAUCUUGCGCCCCAUGGACAGCCCACCACAUAUCAUUCUGCCACGGCAAACAAUGUCCUCACUGAUGAUGCCUCCAUCCUCACACUUGCUUCAUCAUCGAAGCGCCGCCGUCGAAACUCUGUCGAUACCAAUGCCUCGAUGAGGGCACUAGCCCCAGCUUCCAUGUUUGGUGGAAGCCGAGAAUCCUUGCCCUUAUCUGUCCUGUCAGGCACUGUUAUCUCUCCCGGUGGCGACAAUGUUUCCCUCCGCGAGGCCGGCACCUCAACAUACCCACGGUCCAAUUUCAACGCUGAGCGCUCGAGCUUAAUUUCUACCUCGGGAAUCACUGCCCCGGCGUUGACCAGUGAACGGAACAGCUAUAUUGGCAGCAAGUACGGUGACGCCGCCAGUAUCCGAAGCGGACUCUUGGGCGGACAUGGUCGAACUGACAGCAUCAGUGGCAGUAUCGGUGGCGGGAAGGAGCCUCGGGAGAAGGAGAACCAGAAAGAUCGUGAGAGCGGGAUGGUCACCGCUCCGACUAGCCCUCUAGUUGACGGGCCGGGCUCAGGAACUAAUUACACCACCGCACUAGGCGAUGUCUCGGAGGCUCUGGACCGUGAGAAGAUGAAAGUGCACGAUUGA